CACUAGGGCUUCUCUUGAUGACUAAGCGCGAGUGAGUCAUCCACUGACUCCCCUUCUUGCGAUCUGACACUGGGACAUCUUCGAUAAAUUCCCAAUUUGAGUAGACAGCAAUGGAUUUCUGGCCUUUUCAACCAGACGGGAACGGUCGCGAUUAUGAAGCUGAAGAGUUGGAAGAGCUUGAGAAUGCUGAACUGGAAACAACCCCGUCGCAACAGCCCCGGAUUGUGUGGGCACCGUCCUCGACACGCAAACUCAACUCUGAAAAGCAGCAGUUGAACGCGAGGAUUCUACUUUUGGGAUUCAAUGGCGCGGGAUCGCUGUUCUUACACGCCCAGUUUGAAAAUAAGAAAGUCAUAGGAGCUCUACUCCUUCCCGGUGCUGAGUUGGACGGAAGAUCGUUGGAAGAGAAGCCGUCUAUACAGAACAAGAUGUGUCUCAUUUACGAAAUAGAGGAUGACCCGUCUUGUUUGGUGGUAACGUGCCAGUAUGAUGUCCCAAAAGAACAGACUGCCGCCUGGGCUCAUGUGCUAUUAAAUCAUAUUCAACCUGAGAGGACAAUUAUAUUUGAUUCCAUCACCAUUCAUGAAUACAAGACUGCCAGCGAAGACUUGGCUCCUCCAUUCUUGCGUAAACUCAAAACAUCUGCGGCAGAAGAAAUCGAUAACAUUGCAUAUUUGGAACCAGCAAAUAUGCUCACUGGUUGUGGUGCGGCCAUUCUAACUUUGCUUGAGAUACGUCAUGCCAGAGCAUGGAUGUACGUCAGCCUUCUUGAGAUGCAGCUAGGACGCUACGACGUGACAACCGACACGUUACAAGCAUUUGAGCCUGUUAUCAAGUCGCUAUCAAGACAAGACUGGGUGAAGAGAGAGGGUUCACCCCAAUAUUCAAAGCUGAUUAAUAUGUUUAGUAGAAAGGACGUAAACCAUCUAUACCUAUAAAUACAUAUGCAUCUGCACCUAUUCUAAAGAACACGUGGGGGUAAUAAUAACAUACACACUUGCCA